AUGUGGGAUUAUACGGUCGACGAGACGCCAGCGAGGGUUCUGGGUAAUCCCGAGGUAGAAACCCAGUGGCGCCCAGAAAAUAACACGGAAACAUUAGAAACGACCAGAACUAUGGACACGAUAUUAACUAUUCCGCCGGUUUGCGACAUCGAGUCAGAUUGUGAGUUCUCGGGAAAAGAUAUUGAACAACCAGCGGUGUUCAUCCAGCGAGUUGAGAGACAUUUGCGCGAAAACCGAAUUCCAACGAAUAAAAUUGAGCCUGUCGUGCGGCGCGUGUUAGAGGGCGAAGCCCUGAGUUGGUUUAAGCGGAUUGAACGACCGGAAUUACCAUGGAAGAUCUUCAAGGCGCAAUUCCUCGCGAAGUAUGAUUCGUUGGCCACGCGGGCAAAUUUGAGAAAGCAGUUGUACGGGCGACCUCAGUUCCCGGAUGAAUCGGCUUAUAGCUUCACGAUGGAAAAGUGGGCACUAUUCCAACGGUUAGCGCCUGAAACGCCAACGCAAGAACGUACGUCUUUAAUAUUGGAGUUAUUAAGGCCGGCAACGCGAGUAAUUCUGCGAGGUCGGGUCUUCUCCAGCCUGGAGACCUUGCUAGAAGUCGUGGGUCAAAUGGAGGGCGAUUUACGAGAAGACCGCUCGCGGGGUCAACCGCGAUCUACGCCACCGGCACCACCGCCCAGAGAAGUACGCAGAGCGCAACCAGGAACGAGAGACUGUUAUAAUUGCGGGGGUGAUCACUUCGUUCGCGAUUGCCCACAACAGCGGCAAGGAAAUCUGAACGACGUAGAUGGGAUUAGCGCCGAGAGAUGUCCGAGGGUAAUGUUGGAUCUGGAGGGGCGCCGGUUAACUGCGCUAGUUGAUACGGGGGCGUCAGAAAAUUUUCUACGCACCAGCUGGCUUACGACAAAGGAGCGGCAAACUAUGUCGGUAGGUCGCAAUAACAUCCGGCUAGGGCGUAUUCAACUUAAUACGUGUAUCCAACAAGUUUUAACCCCAAUGAUGUUCACGGUAGUAGACGACCUACGCGAGGAGGUCGUGUUAGAAAAUCCGUGGCGGGAGGACUUUGCGCGAAUACUGCGGAAGCACGCGCGGACGUUUAGCGAGAUCCAGCGGCCGGCUACGACUUUGGCGGCACGGCAUAACAUUAUCUUGCGGGACGCGGUACCAGUGCGCAGUCCUACGUAUAGAUGCACGGAGGCGAGAAAACGGGCCAUUAAUGAAGAAGUCGCGGAAAUGUUGCGGUCAGGUAUCAUACGGAGAAGCGCGUCGGAUUACUCCAGCCCGGUGGUAAUGGUACCGAAGAAAGACGGGACUUCCCGGUUAUGUGUGGAUUAUCGCGGUUUGAACGCCAAGACGGUGGCGGAAGUGAGCCACCUUCCGCCCAUCCCCGAUACGCAUCGAGAGCUAGGUACAGCCCGCGUUUUUACCACUCUAGACCUGAAGAGUGGAUAUUGGCAGGUGCCUGUGGCCGAAGAGGCUAAGCGCUAUACGGCGUUCACCACUCCGGAUGGGGCGUCCUUCGAGUUUAACAUGAUGCCUUUCGGCCUCGCGGGAGCUCCUGGGACGUUCCAGAAGUUGAUGGUGGGCGUCCUCGAGGGUUACUUGCACCGGUUUGCCAAGGUUUACUUGGACGAUAUCGUAAUUUACUCCGAUAAUCUGGAGGACCACGCGAAACACCUGGACCUGGUGCUCGAGCGGUUGGGGAUGCACGAGUUGGUGUGUGCGCCAACCAAGUGCGUAAUAGCCGGUAGUCAAAUUGAAUACCUAGGACACGUAAUUACGGAAAAUGAGAAUGUACCGCAACAAAACACCUAG